UAUAUAUCCGUCGUCGCGCAUUCAACCUUCCUUGAAGCUUGUGUAUGUAAACAGAAAUCGAAGUUGUGUCGUUCGACGCGUAUCUCUGCUCGCGUAUUAUCGGCGCGCACGUACAAUAACACUUGAUAGGAUUGAGAGUGUGAUCGGAGGGUUCGAUAAAUCGAAUAGAAUCGAUCGCGAGUCACGGGUGAACAAGAAACGCGACACGACAGUUUGAGAAGUGUGAUCCUCGCACGGAACGAGAAUACGAAAUCCUGUUAACCCGAUCCGUUAACGUAACGGGCACAGAAGGAAUAGUGGCCGGGGACUGCUCGGUGGCGCGUCGUCCUCGCUGCGCGUAUACCAGCCGUAAGAACGGAGGUACGGAAUAUCACGCGUGUGGUUAAAUAAAAACGGGUUAGUUCGGUGUUCGCCGCGGCGAAAGGUGUGAUAAUAUACCCACGGUGUUCGUGGACGCAGAGGGGGGACAGUGGGAAACGGAAUAAAUAAAUCGAACGACGUUUCGCGGGGAAUCGAUUCAUCGGUUCCGCCGCGACGCAACCAGGCGGGUGGGAAGUGGGCGGGUGAGUGAGAGAGAGGUGAACGAUGUUGUCCGGUCGUCGCGGUUAAUUCGCACGUGUCGCGAUGUCUGGCGGCACGGCGGGCGUCCGUGGCACCGGCGCCGAGUGCAGGAAGUUCGCGCCGAACAUAUUCAACAAGAGCAAGUGCAGCAGCUGCUUCAAGCAGAAGGAGGAGCACAGCGCGGAGGCUCUGGAAUGCAACAGGGCAACGAGGAAGAUUUCAAAGUGCGGAUAUCUGUUCGUCGCCCCCGGCUGGGACUUCUCCAAUCCUCUGAACCGGACGAAGAGGUGGCAGAGACGAUGGUUCGUCCUCUACGACGACGGGGAGCUAACGUACUCUGUGGACGAGCACCCGGAGACGGUACCACAGGCGAGGAUCGACAUGACUCGCGUCCUGGAGGUCGCCGCCGCCGAGGACAUCACCGGACAUCCUUACAGCCUCGCUGUGACCUCGCCCGAGGGCGUGACCUUCGUGAAGGGCACGUGUCGCGAGGAAACGAGAUGGUGGGCUGACGUGCUACAGGUCUACUCGAGGAACAAGGGCCGGCACAAGCGGAACGCGACGUUCCCCGGUGGGCAGACAACCAUUCUUCAGGUCACCCCGACGAUCAGGAGCAACACCCCAAAUCCACCGCGUCCCCGGUUCAACAGUUGCCGUUCGGAGCCCCGUAGCAACACAUGGAUCCCUGAGAUCUCCUCGUCGCCAUCUCCGGUGACCAACAGCGUGGUGACAACGUCCAGCAGCCCGGUGAUCAGCAACGGAAACUCGGAAACGAGCAACGAGCACCGAAACAAUUCAGCGUCACCGCUGAGGACCAGCGCACCCCUGGAGAACGGAAGCAGCUACCUGUCCACUGCGGUACCGUCCACCUCCACGAUGAACGGCACCGUGGUCAGCACUGUCUAUUCCACCACGUCGACCAGCACACCGUCGACGACCAACAGCGCAUCGUUGACGGAGAAACCGCCGAUCGUUCCCAACGAGGGUAGAUCGACCAGUUACAGGGAUCAACCGGCGAGCAGCGCUUCGCCGCCGACCAGGGAUAAGCUGAGAGCCGAAGACAAGGCCAGACGCAGGAUGAAUCAGCACGGGGAACGGGCGAGCACCGGGCCGGCCUGUUCCACCGAGAAACUAGACGACGAUGCCUGUCGACGGAUAUUCCUGGAGCACGAGAGGGAGAGGGAGGGGAAACUGAGAGACAUAGCAGCAUCGUUGACUCAACCACGCGUGCGAAGGAUCAAGCCUCGAACUUCGGAGCCGACUAGAGACGUUGUGGACGCGGCGAACGCUGCCUACCAGGAUAAACUGAUCAGAGGCGACCCGGACGGUUGCGGCCUAGACAUCUCGGGCAUCAGAUAUUCCCCCACCUCGGAGCUGCGCGUCGAUUUGCCCGCGGAGGAUCUGCUGAACAUCAAGAAAGGCUGGCUAAUGAAGCAGGGACUCAAUAAGGAAUGGAACAAGCACUGGUUCGUACUGCGAGGUUGCGGCCUCAUGUACUACCGAGAUCCCUGCGCGGAAGAUAAGGGUAUCAUGGACGGCGUCAUAGAUCUGAAUACCGUUACCGCCGUCACGCCCCUUCAAGUCGCAAGAAAUUAUGGAUUCCAGACCGUGGCCUGGGACGAUCGAGGCUCCACCGUGUUGUCCGCGGUCACCGCCGGGAUACGGGCCAGCUGGAUGUCGGCGAUCAGAAGGGCCGCUAAUUUGCCGGAUCCGGACAGUAACGUGGACUCACUUGCGGUCUGCCAGGAUGGACAGCAGGACAGUACACCGCAGUCGCCUACCGCAUCGAUCACGGAUCGUGAACGGGACUCGGUGGUCCCAUCUACCUCCGUGACACCCAGGUCAGUGCUUUUCUCGUCCGAUGAGGAAUACAGGACAGCAUCGGAGGGCGGCAGAAGAGAAUCCGGCGACUGGUCAGAGGUACCAGUGUCACCGCCGUUGGUAAGAAACGUCGCCCUUGACACAACCGCUCUAUCGCGGGUGAAAGCACGUUCGCGAUCCAGCUCCAGGUCCAGAGUGUACAAGAGAAGCCGCAGCUCACCGCCCAGCUCGAGAAGAAGCACCCUGGACAGCGUCAGGUCCGAGGAUCUCAUGAUGGCCUGCUGCGAGCUCGGCGAAGACGAGGAGCAAACGAACGGACACAUGCAGAGCAACAGCUGCCUAUCAAGCGCGAACGAUAGCCCGUUGAUCGUCGAGUUACUGGAGAAUCAGGUGUCUCUGUUGCGUGAUCAGCUGGACCAGAAUCAGACCCAUCCAAGCACGCUACUAGUCAUUGUCGAGCGUCAGGAGAACGAGAUCGAGAGCCUGAAGUCCCAGCUGAACGCCGCGAGGACCGACGUCGCGAACGCCGAGAAGGAGCUGGCCAGGCUUAGACAGCAAAAAGCUGAGGCUUCGAUCAGGGAGAAACAGGUGGACGAGCUGCUGAACACCAUACAGAGGACCGAGCAACAGAGGAAUAAGGAUCUUGAGGAUUUGGAGAAGAUGAAGAAGAUGUACACCAGGGACAAGGAGAUGCUCGAGUGCAAGCUGUUAGAGACGGAGGCGAUUCUCAGGGAGACCAACGAACGCUGCGAAAUGCUCACCAAGGAGCUCGCGUCGAGUCACAGGACCGUUGAACACCUUCAGGCCGAGAUCGCUUCGUUGAGCGAUAGAUUAUCGCGAGGAAUUGAAGAGAACGAGCGUCUGUACACCAAGGUCAGAGAACUCGAGGAAAAGGGCGGUUUGUCUAGCUCGAGGGAACGGGGGAGAAGCUUCGACUCGCUAAGCGAUCUGACGAACAUCGAGCUGGACCUGGACUUGAAUUCUCUCGACAAAGAGAGGAUCAUGGAGGAGUACGAUGAACUCCGGAGCCGCUUCGAGAAGGCCAUUCUGGAGAUUCGGGCGAUGCGGAAGGAGCUUCGCGAGGCUCACGCGAUGCAGGACGCGCUGGAGCUGGAAAUAUUUGCGCACAAACAGGACGCAGCUGGCGUAAGCGAGACGAACCAGGCGCAGGCUCAGCUGAUGGCAGCAAGAAUCCAGGAUCUGACCAACAAGCUCGCCGCCAGUGAGAAGCAAGUGAGAACGUUGAAACAGAAGCUGACGAAGGCCGAGACCAGGGACAAGAGGAGGUCGUUGUCUCUGAAAGGCCGCGAGUCUUUCCAAAUCUCACAGGAGAUGGAGGAUAAACUGUUGGACCUGGAGAACAAGAUCUGCGCCAUAGAGCGCGGCAAGAGCAUCGGUUCAACCGGCUCGAAGGAGUCGAGUCCUAAUCCAAAGAAAGAGAAGCGGAGCAAGAACUUGGAUCGCACCAGGCUGCGGAGAAAGUCAUUGGACAGCGCGACGAGCUCCGAGCCGAUGAAGGUACUGAUCAGAUUGAGCACCCUGGAGACGAAAGUGGCGAACGUGGCCGAGAACAUGGCGAGCGACGCGGAGAAGGACUCCAGCGAAUGCAGCGAGGUCAGCGGUUCCUCUACCAGCGAGGUCUCGCUGGAGAUCAUCGCCAGGUUGAGAAAGCUGGAACGCGUUGUGUCGAAGUCGAAGAGACGGCUGGAGAAGUGUCUGGGUUCGACACAGGCGGAGGACAAGGCGGAGAAGUGUUUGCGCGAGGUGAACGACAUACUGGACUCGUGUUUAGAAUGUAAGAAAAGCCAAGCUAGCGCUCAAGUGACCGAGUCAGUAGGGGUAGUGGUGUCUAGAGUAGAGACUAUACUUAAAGAUAAGCUGAGCGAACUCGCGGCGAGACGGCAGGCGCUCGCGCAGAACGGCCAGCUGGACGAACGGGAGAAGACGAAGCUGAUCGCGGAGCGGGUGGCGUUCGAGUUCGUCGUUCUGAGGCAGAUCAAGUGCGCGAUCGGCCGGACGUUCGACAGGAGUGCCGUUCUCAGUGAAUUGGUCGAAACUAGUCAGCUUGCCUCAAGCCUAAUGCGUAAGAUUCACGGAACUAAGCCCAAAUCGUACCAAAACACCAGUUACAUUCAGUAUCUUACUAAAGUGUUAGCGAAUAAGUUAGUACUGGUAGGCGGUGUAUCCGUCACAGAGACGCCGAAGGAGGUCUCCGCUGCCCGUGGCGAGAGUCUGAACUUCCUCGUGCAGAAGCAACGGGAGGUGAACGAGAUCGUGAGGAGAUACAAGGAGACGAAACUGCGACAGCUCGCGGAGGCUCUGGCCGUUGAGACGUUAAGCAUGUCCGAGCAAGAGGAUCUUGGUAAAACGGUUACCAACUCGAAUAAGAAACUGUUGGAGGAUCGACGGAUAAGGGAAGCCUGGGCGUUGGCCCAGGAAACAGUCAGUAAAGAGCUCGUGCAAUCGGAAGUGUCCCAUGUCAUUAUGCGUUGCGGUCAGAUGUACGAGCAGAACAUCACCAGCAUCACCGACGCCUGUCUCACUUUCGAGGCCGCGGAUAAUAUCAGCUUGGAGUCUUGGAUCGACGCGGCGCAGGCCAGACUCAGACAAGAGAUGGAGUUGUCCACUCGUGAACUAUCGGAAGCGUACGAAGAACGUCUUUGCGUCAUGAAGAAGAACAAGACGGUUGUGCAGACCAAAUACGAGUCGCGUCAGCUGCUGACCGACUACGCGGACGUGAUCGCGCACAAAGCUUUAAUCGACGCCAGGAUCGGGCUUCUCCAGGAGGACACUCGACAGUCGACCACCUUCCCUGGAGAGACUUUCGUAUCUAGUCUUAUCCGAAACGACGAGCUCCUGUCGUGUCUGCUAGGGGACGACAGCGAGUUCCAAAGUAAUCCGACCCUCGACGCGGAGUAUAGUUACCUUUAUCAGCAAUUUAGCAAAGAGUGCGAGGAGAGAAUCUCCGGCAAGCGUGGCUCGAAAGAACAGCUGAAGAAUGUUAGUCAGAGUCUGUUCUACUUGGAGGAGGACCUGGUGGAGUUGACCAAGCGGGUUCGAGACAAGGACGCUGAGAAAGUCGGUUGGUCGAAGUCGACGGUGACGGACUGGACAAGUGUCUGCGAGAAGUGUAGCCAACUGCGCGAACAAAUUAAGAAACUGAGCGACUACAUGAACCGUCUGACCUGCAAGCAGUGCGAUCAGUUGCAAGAAACCAUCAAGAGGAUCACCGUCGAGCACAACGAAGAAUUGGACAUGCUGAAACGGAAUCAGGAGCAAGACCUGAUGGACAUUAAAGGAGAACUGGAUAACCAGAGGCAUUCCUUGACUUGCCAGUACGAACAGGAGGCGGCCAGUCUAAGGGACAAGGCCAGAAAACUGGAGCACAGACUGAACGCGAUGGAUUCGGAACACUCGGCUCACGUGAACGAACUGAGAGCCGCUUAUCAGAGAUCGAUGAGCGCGGAGUUGGACACCGACGCGGAGACGCGUAAGAGGUACAAGGAGGAGAUCAAACAGCUGCGGGGUUUGUGCGAGAAAGGAUUACUGGCCAUGGAGAAUUCUCAUAGGCGAAUCAUCUCAGAGAUGGAAGAGAAGCAUCGACAGGAACUGGAGAACCUGAGAGUGGAAAAGGAACAGGCACUGUCAGAAGAGACCCAGGCUACUCUGGCUGCUCUGGACGCCAUGAGAAAGGCCCACGAACACGAGGUGCAGAAGGAGAUAGCGAAAUUUAAGCAGGAGUUCUUGAAACAGAUGCAGGCGAGAGAGGACAUUGGGGUGCUUCACAAGGAACACGAGGAAGAAAUGGAAGAGAUAAAGCAGGAGAUCCUUUCCCUGUCCGCGAAGUACUCCUCCAAGUGCGUGGAGUCGGCGGCUCUCGAGGAGAAAGUAGGUUCACUCACGAAACAACUUGCUCAGGCUCAACAGCACAUCAUGCAACUGGACGCCAGGAAUAAACAGUUGAGGGCCCAUUUGGUACUGGAGACGAACGACACAUCGAUUAACGACUCGAUGCAUAUCUUACGUGGCAGGGAGAACGAGAUAACCGAACCAAGGGAGGAGAUCCACAGACUGCAGCAAUUGAAGCAUGGGGAGGCCGUUCGCGACACGUCCGGCGGCGCGGCGGCAUCGAAAACAUCGUCGUUGCUGAACUGCUCGCCGGCGUACUCGCCGCAGCGUGUCAGGACCGGUCACGAGCCGUUGAUCAGAGCGGGUAGCUGCGAGGAACAGAGACGUGCCGGCGACAGGGGGAAAAGCUCGUUGUCCACGUUGCAAAAGAGUGUCACCGCUGCCGCUGUCGCCGCGGACAGGCCGGCGGCCGCGUUCUCCUACAAGGUCGAACGGAUUAAAUCGGUCUCGCUGCCGUACUCGAGUAACUUGGUUAGGCCGGGGAGUAGUUCUGGCGUUCCGUCGCACGAUAGGAAAGAGGUGAGCUUAGGGCAAAAGUGUCAAGAGCGUAACGGUCUGGCAUCGCCACUAUGGGACAGCUUAAGGCCCAGGAGCGGAUUGCCCCAUCAGUAUCAAGGUGGCACAGCAGAGAUGCGAGCCGUCAGCGCUGGUACCCGGUGGCAGGACAACAAGCAAACCGUUAAGCAGCAACAAUCGGAGACAUUCGGCUUCCGUGUCGACAAUCCUCACACGUCCCGCCUCACCCCGGAACCCGCAGCUCUCUCCGUUGCAGAGCUGAUGAGGUCUCCAGCAGUGAGGUGGUCCAGCAGAAGUUGUCGUAGCUUGCCCCCAACACCCACGCCGAGUUACCAUCACCCGCUCCACCCCCCACUGCCAGCGGUGGGCAUGGUCGCCGAGAGGAAGAAACGUUUCGAGCUCUAG